GCUAACCAUUGACCAAGCACUUGUCAUGAUGGCUGGACUGUACCUCAAACCCUCAAAUCCUUACCUCGAAGAUUCUCGAGCUUCAUCGCAUAGCUAUAUAGCUGGCCCGUUCGACUGAUGAAGACGCUUUCCUCUAUCUUUUUCGCCAUCAUCGCAAUUGCCGCCGCAAUCUACAACAACCCAUAUAUGCUAUCGCGUUUCACACGCUUGACAAAGCAGUUCGCACCUAAACACAACGUCACGACCGUCUCCACAGACAUGGCCUCCAACAACAUGUUCCGCGGGUUGCCUGUCAUCCCUGAUGAGCAGUUCACCACCACCACACCCCGCAAGAUCGCCAAGUCCUUCCUCGCGAUCGAGCAGUCUGAGGGCGCUGGAGCGAAAGUCCGCCGCUCCGUUGGAACCCCCAAGCUCCGCAACUUCUCGCCCUUUCUCAUGUUAGAUCACUUCCAGAUCCCCGUCGGUGCAGGCUUCCCGGACCACCCCCACCGAGGGCAAGAGACCAUCACGUAUCUGCUCUCUGGCGCCGUAGAUCAUGAGGACUUUGCUGGAAACAAGGGCACAAUUGAGGAGGGAGAUCUGCAGUUUAUGACCGCUGGUCGCGGAAUCGUGCACGCAGAGAUGCCGCACGAGAACAAGAACGGCCAGGCGAACGUUGGCAUGCAACUCUGGGUCGACCUGCCCAAGGAGCUCAAGUCCUGUGAACCAAGAUACCGCGACUUGAAGGCUAAGGAGAUCCCCCAAGCUACUUCGGAAGACGGCAAGGUCAAGGUCAAGGUCAUCAGCGGUCUGGCAUACGGUAUAGAAUCCCUGAAGGAGCUAGCAUACACACCCGUCUGGCUCCUGGACUUCACAGUCCAGCCUGGCGGUAGCGUGAAGCAAUCGCUACCGAAGGGCUGGAAUGCUUUCGCUUACCUUUUGAACGGCACCACUAUCUUCUCCACUGGCGGCGAGUCGCGACCAAUCGAGCAGUACCACAACGUUGUUUUCGAGAAGGAUGGUGACAGCAUCGAGGCUUCGGUCGAGGAGGGCGCAGAGAAGGAGUCGAGAUUCAUCUUGGUCGCUGGUCUGCCGCUUGACCAGCCUAUUGUGCAGUAUGGUCCUUUUGUUGUCACAUCGAGAGACGAGGUCAUCCAGGCUAUGACUGACUACCAGACACACUCGAAUGGAUUUGAGAGGGCGUACAACUGGGAGAGUGAAAUUGGAAAAGCCAUGGCUCAUUAGGCUACGGUUUUGUUUCGUAGCAUUGUUGUAAAUCAAUAGUGAUGUCUAUAACUUGCUCAG